CACUGUCAAUACACCGAAUAGGUAGAGAUUUCGUAAAAGAGUUGGAGAGCAUAUGCAAGAUAACAUUUUUAAUAGUAAAACACGUAAAAUAAAAUAAAAUAAAAUAAAAAUGGACUCCCUGUUUGAAGACCUCCGACGUAUGAACAAGCGUCAGUUCCUUUAUCAAGUUUUGUCCUUUGGGAUGAUUGUGAGCUCCGCGUUGAUGAUCUGGAAGGGGUUGAUGGUCGUCACGGGGUCGGAGUCUCCGAUCGUCGUGGUGUUGAGCGGGUCGAUGGAGCCGGCCUUCCACCGAGGGGAUCUACUUUUUCUAACGAAUUACGAGCAGGACCCGAUCCGCGUGGGGGAAAUUGUCGUUUUUAAAGUGGAGGGGAGGGAUAUUCCUAUUGUGCACAGGGUGUUGAAGUUGCAUGAGAGAUCCAACGGCACUGUAAAAUUCCUCACGAAAGGAGACAACAAUUCGGUGGAUGAUCGUGGCCUGUACGCUCCCGGGCAGCUCUGGUUAACCAAAAAGGAUAUCGUGGGGAGGGCGAGGGGGUUGCUUCCUUAUGUGGGGAUGGUGACGAUCUACAUGAACGAGUAUCCCAAAGUCAAAUACGCACUCCUGGCCGGACUGGCUGGCUAUGUUUUAAUUCAUAGGGAAUAAUUUAUGGUUACUUUUGUAAAUAAUAUUCUCUCUUUAAUAAAUUUCUCUUUCUCUCGUAUUAUGAAUUAUUUAAA